UCGAGUCGUUCAAAAUUUGUACAAAUAGUCACAAGUGAAAAAAAUUUAUUGACUCCAGUCGGUCACUCAAUCAGACAUCAGUAACCCCUGUGAAAAAAUAACAACAGCUAGACAAACAAUGAUGAACCACGUCUUGAGGUCACGUCGCCUGCCAACGGAUCCCAGCAUUUUGAUGAGCUGGGUGAAUGCCUUGAUUGGCACCAACUUCCAUUCCCUGAAGGACCUGCGGAGCGGCAUCAUUUGGUGUCGCCUGCUUGAGGCUCUCUAUCCGGGAUCUGUGAAUCUGGAUACUCUGCAAAUGGACAAGACGGAUUGGCCAUGGAACUACCGCGUUUUGAAGAGGACACUCGGUGAUUUGGGAUUCUAUCCCCACAUUAACGUGCAGGAAUUGGUAACAGGUCGAGUUGGCGACACCAUAUACAUGCUGCACUUUUUCAUUGACUUGUUCACUGUGCAUUUGGGUAGAAUAAUUAAGAGGGGAAAGCAGUCGUCCACUAAGGAGGUCAGAGAUCCCAAGGGAGUCACAAAAAUUGAGAGCGUGCUGCAGUGGCUCAAGAGCUUCUUUACGAGAGAAAAAGCGAAGGAACCAAAAGAGAAGUCCGAGGAGGAACUCAAUCUGGAAUUUCAUCGCCAGGCGUUGCUACUGCUAUUUCUACCCAUUCCGGAGGGCUGUGCUCCCGUUUCCACAGAAGAAAUGGUUAAAAGACUGGGAGGCGGAAGUUUGUGGCCAGAGCAGGAUCACCAAAGUCAUGAGAAGGUCGAGCAGCUGAAGGCAUAUAGACGACAGAAGACCGAGGAUCACCGAUUACUCCGAUCUCUGGUUGAGACCUGCCUGCAAUUCCGACGCGGCAGGCAACAGAUGGAGCAAGAAUGGUUGGCCAGUCUUAAGAAGCGACCCGCCACAUAGGAUUUAUUUCUAUUCUUCCGUCGUUCUGCUUUCCUUCACCUUGCGUUCUUGCGUUUCCUUUCCGGCUCUAAGCUGACCGACACUUAAUACACAUCUUAAUAAGGUUUCCCUCCCGUCCACAUUCCCAUUUAGUACAGAGUUUUCUCUAGUCAAACUGUUUUUUUUCGCCCGGGGUUUUCCGUUUUUCCGCCAUUUGACAGGCGGAGGACAACAAGAAGAGCCUUGGCGUUCCCCUUACCUUGUUUACCUGUAAUUACUUUGACCUUGUGCGACGUGCGGCGAUGCCCAGAAAAAUCGAAGGUGGCUGAGGAGCAAGUUGAGGGACUAAGAAGGUUCAAAACAGUGGACAUGAAUGAGCGCCUUUGCUGAUAAAUAAACCUUUUUUUUUGUAGUAAAUUGUAGUAAAUGGAAAUGUAGUAAAUUUAUCAGUUUAUUCAAUGAGGAA